CCAAAACCUCCGUUUCCUGUUUGGCUUCACCUCCAAUCCGACUCAUCCAUGGGCAUCGAGCGGAUUGUGGCCUCUUCGGAGCGGGACUUUGUGGACAAGUCCGUCGACUACAUCGAGGAAUGCAUUGCCAAGCACCAGGGACGCAGUGCCUCCAACUUUGUGCUGGGGCUUUCCGCCUCCAAUGGCCGGAUGCGCCGUGCCAGGCAGGCAGACGUGUGGUCCACCCUCGCGGGCCGCAUGGGCGUGGAUUGGUCGAGGGUCUUCGUCUUUUUGGUGGAUGAGCGCUAUGGUUGCAGCAGCCAGGAGGAGAGCAAUUCCUACCUCAUCCGUGAUACAUUGGUGAAGAACCUCCACCGUCGGGCGUCAGGUUUCCCGGAACACCAACUGAUCCUGCCGGAUACCAGCAUCACGCCUGCGAGCGCGUGUGCAGAGGACUACGAGCGACGCUUGUGCAAGAUGUUCGAGGAGGAGAGCGGACCUCAUUUGGUGACCUUUGGCUUGGGUGGUGAUGGGCACAUUGCCAGCGUCUUCCCUGAAUGGUACCAAAGUGUGCCAGAAAGAUGGGCAGAGGCCAUCCAAAAGAAGCGGACCGUGCUGGUGACCGAGACCUCCAAGUUUGAGGUGCGCACUCGCCUUUGCGUGAACUUGAGGGUCAUCCGGGAGGCGGUGAACAUCUUCGUGACCUUGCAGGAAGGCUCUGAGGAGGCUUGGACCCGAGUGAAGAGGUCCUUUGACGAGGAGCGCUUUGGGGAGCGGCGGCAUGCCAAGAGAGCCAAGGUGGUCGAGCCCACGGGCGUGUUUCUAUCCACGGACGGCUUCUUGAUGGUCCAGGCCAAAGGCCGGAAGCCCAAGCCAGCGCCGAAGCCACCCGACAGCCCCUUGCACUGGGUCUUGAGGUACAGCACCAUCUCAACGAUGCAGCUGGCCGUUGACAAGGAGAACCACUAUGCCUUCGUAGUGCUGGGCGCAGCCGGGGAUUUGGCGAAGAAGAAGACCUUCCCAUCACUGUUCCAGCUCCACAUGGGGCGCUUGUUGCCUGGAAACAUGCAUAUCAUUGGUGUGGACAAUCCCCAGUUCCACAAGGACGUGACCAACGUGACCGACUUUUGGGACCAACGGCUUCGAGAACACCUCGAAAAGCAGAAAGGCUGGGUGAAUGAGGACCUCGAGAGCUUCAAAGAAAGGCUUCACUAUGUGCAAGUGCAGCUGGACCAGCCUGACACGGUGGUCGCAUUGGACAGGCACUUGCGAUCGCUGGCGGAAGAUCGUCCAAAGGAGCAUCGUGUGUUUUACCUGGCACUGCCCCCAUUCCUCUUCGCCAAAGCCGUGGAGAAUCUGCGGGAGCGUUGCUGGUCCCAAAGCGGCUGGAACCGUGUGAUUGUCGAGAAGCCUUUUGGAAAGAACGGUACACAGGCGGCUGAGCUUACAGAUAGCCUGAAGAAGUACUUGGAUGAAAAGGAGAUCUUCCGCAUGGAUCACUACCUUGCCAAGACUCUGGUUCUGAAUUUGCUCACUCUCCGCUUUGCCAAUCGGGAGCUGGGGCAUCUCUUCCACUGCCACCAUGUGGCCAAUGUCCGGAUCACCUUUAAGGAAGCCAUCGGUGUGGAGGGCCGUGCCGGCUACUUCGAUGGCUACGGUAUCAUCCGGGACAUCAUGCAGAACCAUUUGAUGCAGGUGUUGACCUUGGUGGCCAUGGAGGCACCUGCCACCUUGGAAGCGGAAGAUGUUCGAGAUGAGAAGGUGAAAGUGCUGAAGCAGAUUCGGCCCAUCGCCCCGCGUGAUUGUGUGAUUGGCCAGUACGAAGGAUAUCAGCUGGACCCUGACAUCCAGGCCAUCAAUCGCAAGCGUGGCUAUCCCUCGAGAUCUCCCACCUUUGCAGUGGCAGUGAUGUACUUGGACAACGAGCGUUGGUCGGGUGUACCUUUCAUCAUGAAAGCAGGCAAAGGUCUUGAAGUGCAUCAGACCAUCGUGCGGAUUCAGUUCAAAAAGGCGCCGCCCAACAGCCUGUUCGGCGAGCAGCCGCAGAACGAGCUCGUGAUCCGAAUCCAACCCAAUGAAGCCAUUUACUACAAGAUCUUGGCGAAGAUGCCUGGUCUCACGCAACAGGCUAGAGAUGUUGAGCAGACCGUGCUGGAUUUGGACCUCAAGAAGCGUUUCGAGUUGCGGCGAACCCCAGAGGCCUAUGAGAAGUUGAUCCACGAUGUGAUUCAGGGAGAAAGCCACAACUUCGUGCGGAAAGACGAGCUGGAACAGGCAUGGCGGAUCUUUGAUCCAUUGCUGACGACUCUUGAGGAGGAAGAGAAGCGUGUGCCGGAGACCUAUUCGCUGGGCAGCCGAGGGCCCUUGAAGGCCGACAUGCUGAUCGAUCGCAUGGGCUUCAGGCGCUACACCGUCACCGGUGUUCCGGGCUUCGCGGAGGACGACUUCGAUUGAGGAGUGUUGAACAUGCGGAUCUCAUCCACCGAGAUCUCCAAGAAAAACCAGGCGCUUGAAACGCGACCGACGAAAGCGAGGAGGACGUCGGAGCUCGGAGCUGUCCAUCCUCACGCCUUCGGAGCUUCCGGGCCGUGACCGGAGGGUGCCGUGACCGGAGGGCCGGCGAAACAAAGGACGUGUGCGAACGGAGUCGUCGGAGACGGACAGGUGUUUUCAAGGAGGACGGAGGCAUUGCAUGAGUGUUGUUUCCUUGUGUUGAUCAAGAUGUUGGUCUGGACUGGGUGGAGG